GAAGGAGUACGUGACAUUUCCGAACCUCAGAAUCCCCAAAUCCACGCCCAAAGAAGAAUCCCGAAAUCACUGACGCCGAGCGGAUCUGCAGCUUAAUCCAGGCCGCCUCCCAGUCGCCGGCGGCAAUGGCGAGUCCCAACUCCGGCAUGCCCAUCAAGGCUGAGCAAGAUUCCGAUGGCUCGGCGCAAAGCACUGCUGAUAUGACGGCUUUUGUGCAAAAUCUUCUAAUGCAGAUGCAAACCAGGUUCCAAGCUAUGUCGGAGAAUAUCAUUACAAAGAUAGAUGAAAUGGGUAUGAGAAUCGAUGAAUUGGAGCAGAGCAUCAAUGACCUCAAGGCUGAGAUGGGGAGUGAAGGCAUGACGACGCCAUCCAAGACGAAGGAUGAGGAAUCAAAACCAGCAGACAGCUCUGCGUGAGUGCGACUGCUGUUAUGAGGUUUCAAUAAUCAUCACUGACAAAUAGUACCUGUUAUGAGUUUCAGUUGAGACUGGAACUGCUGUGAUAUAUUUAUGAUGUUUGCUGAAUGGUUUUGCUGUGAGCUUUUUAUGCCGGGAAAUGAUUGUAUUGUCUAUCCAUUUUUGUUGUCGAUCUA